UCCACACUGCUGGUCACUUGCUUGUAUUGUACGUUGACUAAUCCUACCAUCAGCGGCAAGGUGACGUCCGCUGCAAAGUUCGACGAUGCUGCAUGGUUCAGGAUCGCUGGGAGCUUGUCACCCCGGCGACGUACGUCAUCACUAUGGAAGCUACUCCAGACCGGUUGUACUGGAAAGUCAUGAAAGACGCACUGCAAUCUGUUUGUUUUCUAGUGUGCAGACUUUCAUAAUAAUUGCUAUAAUUUCCUGCCUGAUUGCUGGCAUCGCUGCUGCGGGUAUGAUUAUUCGAUUUGAUAAGCACACUCGAGAAGACAUACUUAUGGCAUAUCAAGACCAAAUUCCUCUUGCAGCAUCAACACGUUUCUGUGAUGGCGUUCGAAUUCAAGACAAGGAAAACUAUGGGUCACUCAAACUUUACGUUUUCCAUCACACUCCGCCCCUCACUCUAUGGCAAACAUUCAAAUUGAAUAGAAUCAAGUUUCUGGUCAAGACCAACGAUCACCAUUUCUGGUUUUUCUACAUGAAUCAAGGCUCCCAAGUCAAUGUGUCAUUAUGUGCCAAGCCAAGCAUACAUUUGUACGUUCUAAAGGGAAAAGAGAAUUUCAACGAUUGGAAGUAUGGCAAACGUUACCACACCAUAUUUUCUAACAAUUAUCGCUUAUGUCACAAUGGGCUUGAUAUCAUUCGAGUGAAAUCUGCAGACGAAUAUUAUUUCGUGUUCGAAAAUGACAAUCUAGAGGAAGCACUCAUCAACAUGACACUCGUCUUCAAUCGUUCUAUGUACAAUACCUCGGCUGUGUUGGGACACUCGUGUCAUGCAAACCCAACUUGUUCGCUCCCUCUUAGCUACGCAUCAAGCCAAUUCACCUUGAUGGCAACAGACGGCAUCACCCAGCCUGAUCGCAAUACUUAUAGCCAGUGGAUGUGUAGUCCGCGUGACUGGUUUUAUGGUGUGAGUUUUGGGAUGCCGUGUGGAGCUUUGGUUGUGGUGGCUAUUGCAAUGACAAUAUGGCGUUAUCGUAAGUAUGGUAAACAUCGGUCUAGCUCAUCACUACUGCAUGCAUCUGAUGGCAAUAAUACUGCAGGAACAAGCACAUCAGUGACAGUCAUAGCUGGUUCUUUCCUUGAACCCGAACCACCAGGCUACGAAGAGGCCACACAAAUGUUAUAAAAAUUAGUGACAACAUUAUGUGUCUUGUUCAACUAGUAGAUGUUGAUUGUGUAAUGUAGUCUUGACAUCAUGUAAGCAGAGGGGAUAACUUUUGCACAAGUUGUGUGCCUUUUGAUUUAUUUACUAGAUCUUGUUAUACUCUACAUGCGAAACUUGUAACUGCAGAGAGAUUAUUAAUGA